AUGGUACUCACAGGGAGUAAUCCAAACCUCCUCAACAAGCUCUUGGACAGUAUGAAUAAAGAAUUUCGAAUGAAAGACCUAGGCAAGCUACAUUAUUUCUUGGGCAUUCAAGCAACCUUCCAUGACAAAGGGUUGUUUCUCUCUCAGCAAAAAUAUGCAGAGGAUCUGCUCAAAGUUGCAGGCAUGUUUGAUUGUGCACCCAUGCCUACUCCACUGCCGGAACAACUUAAUCAAGUUCCUCAUCAGAAGCAACUCUUCUCUAAUCCAACAUAUUUCAGGAGUUUGGCAGGUAAGUUGCAGUAUCUUACUUUAACAAGACCUGACAUUCAGUUUGCAGUUAACUUUGUUUGUCAGAAGAUGCAUGAGCCAAAAAUGUCGGACUUUCAUCUUCUCAAGAGAAUUCUAAGGUAUGUAAAGGGAACAACCGCCAUGGGAAUCUCUUUCAACAAGAACACUGACUUCACGUUAAGAGCCUACAGUGACAACAGUCAUGCAAACUGCAAAGAUACAAGACGCUCUAUAGCCGGAUUCUGCACGUUCCUUGGUAACAACAUCAUAUCUUGGUCCUCGAAACGGCAACCAACUGUCUCCAAAAGUUCAACUGAGGCAGAGUAUAGAGCGUUAUCAGACACAACAUCCGAACCUGUCUGGAUAAACAACAUGCUCAAAGACUUACGCAUACCUCAAAUGGAGCCACCUGAACUCUAUGGUGAUAAUCUCUCAUCUAUUUACCUUGCGGCCAAUCCUAUCUUUCACAACAGGACCAAACACUUUGAAACACACUAUCAUUAUGUAAGAGAAAGGGUUGCUCUUGGAGCUAUGGUCGUUAAACAUGUUCCUGCACAUCAACAACUGGCCGACAUUUUCACGAAGCCUCUUCCACAAGGUCCGUUUUCAUCAUUGAGACACAAACUCGGUGUAGUUGUUCCACCCACACCCAGUUUGCAGGGGAGUAUGAAGGAGAAGCCAAAUUCUCAACUUAAGCCCAACUUUGAAACAGAGGAUUCCAAAGUGGAUCAGACAAAGCCCAACAACACUCAAUCAACGAAGCCCAGCAAACCCAAUACGAGACAAGAGAUGAGACGAUGGUCACCUGAAAACAAGAAGAAGGACAAAGCAGAGGAAUCUUUGUACCUCCAAGCCAUUGCAAAUGCAGAGGUUGCAGGCUGUCACAAGGCUCUGCAAAUAGAGACAAAGAAUGGCUUCGACGCUCUAACCCUCCUCUCUGAGGAUGACAUAUGUCAUUGA